AUGCCCCGUCCUUCAUAUUAUUCGGUGAGAGAGUAUGACCUUAUCUUUCCUGCAGAAAAGACAUUUGGCUCAAAAAGCAGGGGUAGUGAAGACGAAACAACAAACAAACACCCAACACAAAAUCUUCUCAGAAAAAAAUAUACUUUCCUCCAUUUCCCAUAACUCUAGUCACAGAUUCGUUUCCGAAGAUUUCCCCAGCUGGAAGAGCAGCAAAAGUGUUUGCCAUUGCCGGUGCCGUAGACGUAGGUAGUCCUGUGUCUUACUUCCGGAGGAAGAAGAAGUAGAACAAGGCAGGAAUCUUUAUUCAUUACGGUUGUGUUAAGUGGAAUCAUCAAAGUCGGUUUCCAGUACUGGAGAGACUCUUUCUGAUAUGCUCUUCGAUUGGUUGAUUUUAAGUUUUUUUUUUUUGAAAAGAUUUGGAGGAUGAAUCACUGUGUACCUGAUUUCGAAAUGGAUGAUGAUUACUCAAUUCUGUCGUCUUCAACUUUAAAUCGACCCAGGAAAUCUCCCGUGCCGGAGGAUGAGAUCAUGGAACUGUUAUGGCAGAACGGGCAGCUGGUCAUGCAAAGCCAAAAUCAGAGGUCGUUUAAGAAAUCGCCGCCGUCGAAACACCAGGACGGUGACCAAUCAGCUUCCAAGGAGAUCCGGCCGUCACAUCACCACCACCAGCAACAGCAAACAGUAACCGAUAAUCUAUUUAUGCAGGAAGAUGAAAUGGCUUCCUGGCUUCAUUAUCCGUUCAACGACGCCAAUUUCGACAACGAUUUCUGCGCCGAUAUUCUAUAUCCUUCUGCUCCUUGCGUUACCUCAAUAGCGACGACAACCGCUUCUCCUCCUGUCCGUCCAAUUGAACAACCUGUCGAGCCUCGUCAUCUACCGGUUCCAGCAUCUGCUUCUGCUGUGGCGUCGUCCUCGAGGCCACCAAUACCGCCGGUGCGGAGGACCGAGUUGGAGUCGUCGAGAAUCCCGAACUUCGCGCACUUCUCGAGGCACAAGGUGAGGACAGAACCAUCAGGGCCGUCAAAUUCAAAGAGCGUGGUGAGGGAAUUGACGGUGGUUGAUUCGUGCGACACGCCUGCGGUCGUUCCCGAAUCCAGAGGCUUCCGGGCGAUGCCUAGCAUUAGCAACACCGAGGGCGCAUCUGGCGGGAACAACAACAAUGCGUGCGGAACCAUAGCCAUCGGGGCCGCUGCAGUGGCGGCGAGCACGCACUCCGCGGGUGUUAGCAUCGGUGCUGGUGCUAGCAGCAGAGAGAAUUUGGCCACGUGCGAGCUGACGGUGACGUCAUCACCUGGCUGCUCAAGCGCCAGCGCUGAGCCAGCGGCUCCGAAGGUGGCUGCUGAGGACCGGAAACGGAAAGAUCGAGAAGCCGCCGGAGACGCCGAGUGUCGCAGUGAGGAUGCUGAGUUUGAAUCUCCCAAUACAAAGAAACAAAGCCGUGGAUCAACAUCCACAAAGAGAUCUCGUGCUGCAGAGGUCCAUAAUCUGUCGGAGAGGAGACGUCGAGACAGAAUAAAUGAAAAGAUGAGGGCUUUGCAAGAACUCAUACCUCGUUGCAACAAGUCAGACAAGGCUUCAAUGCUGGACGAGGCAAUUGAGUACCUUAAAUCACUUCAGUUGCAAGUUCAGAUGAUGUCCAUGGGAUGUGGCAUGGUACCAAUGAUGUUUCCUGGCGUCCAGCAAUUCAUGCCACCAAUGGGAAUGGGAAUGGGAAUGGGGAUGGGGAUGGGGAUGGGGAUGGGGAUGGGAGUGGAUAUGGGUAUGAGUCGGCCAAUGAUGCCAUUUCCCAAUGUUCUAGCCGGUCCAUCGUUGCCAACAGCAGCUGCUGCAGCUCAUUUGGGUCCAAGGUUUCCUAUGCCUGCCUUUCAUAUGCCACCACCUGCGCCAGAUCCAUCUAGAAUCCAACCAAACCAGCCAGAUGCCAUGCUAGGCUCACUAGGCCUGCAAACUCCCAACCAGCCAUGGAUGUCAGGUUUUGCCGAUCCUUAUCAACAGUAUCUCGGUCUCCACCAAAUGCAAUUACCCCUUCCACAGAAUCAAGCAACAGGCCAGCCAAGUUCGAGUAAGCCAAGUACAAGUAAGGAUGCUGAGAAUCUGGAGAAUCAUCCACCAGGUAGGCACAUCAUAUUUAUUGUCUACUUGAUUACCAGAUCAUGGUCAAAACUGUGUCAUAAAAGUUAGGGAAGUUACACACUACUAACAUUUCCAGUGACAAUGGUUCUCAUGUCAUGAACACAGACCCAAGCAUCUAUCAUGCACUAUUCUGGCAUAUGCAAUUGAAUAAAUGUCUACUUCUCAUACAGAAAUGUAAAAUAAAAUAAUGAAACCUGUCAAGUUCAAAUGAGUAGAGCAUGCAUAACGUAUAGUUUAAUACGGAAUACUUCCCAUAUAUUAUAGUCUACAAUCAUGGGCGAUUUCUGAACAUUUUACUUUUCUGAAUGACAUGAUAAAGGGACAUGAGACAAUAGCUAAACUCUCGACUGGCUAUAAAGAUUUACAAGUUGCAGCACCAUAUAGCACUAGCAGAUGUUAGCUGCUCUGAGACUGGUUGCAGACUGUAGAAUCUAAGUUCUGGUUGAGGGUUGCUUCAAAUCAGGAGACACGAACAAGGAGUUCCUGCACAUUUGCAGGUUAGAAGUUCAUGACGGAUUACUCUUGGAAGAUCGUCCUGACUUCCUAAAGUUUUGUAGUGUACAAGAGCAUAAGGCAGCUCCUUCAACUAGCUAAUUUCCUAGAGCACAAGCCGACAUGUAAUUAUUACACAAGCAAUAGAAUAUAGUUUCUUCUUGCCCUGUGGUCUCUAAUUACAAUUUUGUUCUUAUUUCUCAAGAGAAAUUGUAGGGUAUGCUUUAAGGGAAAGAAUCUGCCAUCAGAAAGAUAUGUAUGAAUCCUGUUGUAGUUUUGGAAUCUUGUAAUCGGAAGAGCCUUCUUGCUGG